AAUAUACAAAAAUUAAUCUGUACAACUAUAUAUCCAUAUAUUUCUAUGUAUAAGUGAUUCUCUUUUCUCUCUUUAGUAACUGUAUAGAAUCACGCCAUUGGUCCUCCAAUUUGUUUAUAGUAAAAAGCAGAUAAGGUCCUAUGAGACCACACGUUGACUUCGUCACGUUUAGUCACUCGCCCGCUCUCAUUUAAUAAAGAUAUACUUUUAAAUUAGAUAUCGUCUACAUUUAUUUGAACAUUCAUUAGUUUAUUAUAUCCUUUAGUUAUUUCACUUUUAUUAUUAUAUUUCCAAUAGAAGAAAACGUUAAAUUUGCAAUCGAUAAGGAUUUUUGCUGUCAGUUGUAUUUAUAAUUUUAUACUACCGAAAGUACAUAUUAUUGAGUGAUAUGGAAUCCAAUGUGGUGCAGCAAAUUCUCACUAAUGCUUCUGAGGACAAUUCAAAAAAAAAUUGUAAUAAAAAUGUUUACUUAUUCAUAAUCCCUAGUCAAAAAUUGAUUAAUUAUAAAGAAUAUGAAACAACCUCAAUUUUAAAUGAAAAUCCGGAAAUUUCAUUUACAAUCAAAUUUGAAAGAAUUAGUACUAACUUGCGUGCUAAUAUAAGAUUUGAUAAAAAAAUUUCAAAUCAAGAAUGUACAGUGACUAUUUUCUAUCUAAAUUUUCAACGUAAAAUUGAAUUUUUCGAAACAAUUAGUAUAAACAAUAUUUUUCUUGACUCAACUUAUUUUUUUACAAAAGAGUAUAAAUGUUACAUAUACGAUAGAAAUUAUGUAGAAAUGACUAACGACGGAAAAUUUAUUGAUAAUAAUCUGUGGGUAUGUUUAAAAAUAGAAAUAAACGAUGUUUCAACGAGAAAACUAGAUAUUCAUAAAAAUGAAAUAUCUUUGAAAUUUCUAUCCCUUUAUGAAGAAAAAAUCUUGACUGAUUUUAAAAUAAUUUGCAAAGAUAAAGAAUUUUGUGUUCAUAAAGCAAUUCUAAUAUGUCAAUGCGAUGUCUUUCGAGUCAUGUUUGAACAUUCAAUGAAAGAAUCUCAAGAAAACACAGUUAUUAUUAAUGAUUUUGAACCAGUCAUUGUUGAAUUAAUGAUUCGUUAUUUUUACUCCGGUGAAAUUAGAACAGAUUUAUCUGUAGACGAACUAAAGAAGCUCUUUCUAAUUGCAAAUAAAUAUAAUUUAAAUAUUUUAAAAAAGAUUUGCUUCAAAGAGAUAUGUAAAUUCAUAAAAGAUUCAAAUGAAGCUGUUGAUAUUCUAUUAUUUUUUGGAUAUCACAAUUACACCGAAUGUAAAGAAGAAAUGGUUCAAUUUAUAAAAAAUAAUUUAAGCCUUUUUUGGUAAAACCAAGAAAUUAAUUAUUUUUAAAGUUCUUAAAGAUUUACAGAACUUCAAACUAACUGUAAAUUUUUGUAAUAACUUAAAAUAUUUGUAAUGUACUUUAAAUGUAGGCAAAAUAUUUGUAUUUCAGAUCGUUUAUCGUUUAUCGUUUAUCGUUUAUCGUUUAUCGUUUAUCAUUGUCAAUGUGAAUAUUUAAUCAAUAAAACUGUUAUAUUUC